AUGAAAAAUGGGCGGUCAGUUGUGCCUGUCCCUUUUGAUUUACCUGACUUUCAGCAACAACUUCUUUUCGCCCCCGAAUAUGAUCACACGUAUGGAAACAAUAUCUAUCUAUCUAUCGAUCUAUCUAUCUAUCUAUGUUUUUACCUAUCUAUACCACAUGUUAAAUCAUCUAUCUAUCCAUUAGGUCUCUCAGUAUGUUCAUAUCUAUCUGUAGUACACUUCAUUAUCUGUCUGUAUCACUGUUUAUCUAUCACGACCUAUUCAUAUUUAUCUGUUUAUCUAUCUGUUUUCAUUAUCUAUCUAUCUAUCUAUCUAUCUAUCUAUCUAUCUAUCUAUCUAUCUAUCUAUCUUCUAUCUACAUAUUUAUCUAUGGUACACUUCAUUAUCUCUCUAUCUGUCUGUCUAUCUAUCUAUCUAUCACUUUUCAUAAUCUAUCUAAAUUAUCUAUCCUAUUAUUAUUCAUAUCUAUCUAUGUAUCCAUCUAUAGUACACUUUAUUUUCUAUCUAUCUAUCUAUCUAUCUAUCUAUCUAUCUAUCUAUCUAUUUCAGCCUGUUCAUAUCUAUCUAUCUAUCUCAGCCUGUUCAUAUCUAUCUAUCUAUCUCAGCCUGUUCAUAUCUAUCUAUCUAUUUCAGCCUGUUCAUAUCUAUCUAUCUAUCUCAGCCUGUUCAUAUCUAUCUAUCUAUCUCAGCCUGUUCAUAUCUAUCUAUCUAUCUCAGCCUGUUCAUAUUCAUCUAUCUAUCUCAGCCUGUUCACAUCUAUCUAUCAUAUCAUCUAUCAGCCUGUUCAUAUUCAUCUAUCUAUCUAUCUAUCUAUCUAUCUAUUCAUCUAUCUAUCUAUCUAUCUAUCUAUCUCAGUCUGUUCAUAUCUAUCUAUCUAUCUCAGUCUGUUCAUAUCUAUCUAUCUAUCUAUCUAUCUAUCUAUCUAUCUAUCUGUCUGUCUGUUCAUUACAUAUUCCUGGCAUGUGUCUUGUCAUUCACCGUGAAUUUACUAUCUUACAUUCAGUUGGUAAAAUUAUCGCGCCUUCGUGGGCUCAGGCCUGA